UCUGGGCUAAAACCUGCACCCUCUUGGUGGGGGGGAAAAUUGCUUUUGGGAGAAGCAUGGACUCGGCCCCCCCACUGCAGGCUGCUCUGCCUUGGGGAGGUGACACUGGGUGCUGGGGUGACACGAGGCCACGUGGCAGCCAUCUGGGAAGGUGACAGCCUCUUGUCGUGGGCUGCUUCCCUGUACAGCAGAGGGGGCCCGUGGGAGCCCCGUGGCUGAGGCUGCACCCCCAUCCCCUCUGCCCAUCACCUCCAGCUCCUGUGUCCUCUGUGAUCUCAGCCAUCUGCUGCAGGGAUCCGGGGCCUGCUGAGGGAUUUAACCCAGCCCAGGGGAGGGAGAAAGACCUUGGGCAUCCCUCCCCAUUCCUGUCUUUGGGAGUUCUCCAGCUGCUCCAGUGACUCCCCCUUCCCAGGGGGGCAGGGGUACCAGUGGUGCUCCCACAGGGGCAGGAUUUGGGGACCCUGACCCACAUUGGAGCCUGCUGGUCACCUCCCAUGCUGAGGCAGCCAGGCUGUGCCUGGAUUAGCAGGUGCUAAGCUCCUCAGCAACACAGCUCUGUCGCUGGGUGAGUGGCACUGCCACCAGCUAUAGGGACACUGCUGUCCCUGUGAGCUGCCAGCACCGAGGAGCUUUGUGGACCCUGAUGCCACUUCCCCCCUGCAGUCCCCUGCGUGGCAGAGGCUUCAGUGGCUUAGGGUGGAGUGCAGGGAUAGCUGGCCAUGGCCCUGGCAGGGGGUAUCCCCCUCCCUGGCACCGGAGGGGCACAGGGGCCACGGCACUUGCUGCAGUCCCCCCCUGAGGAGGACGGGGUGCUCUACGUGGACUACAAGCCCCCUGCCCUGGACAGCAUCCACCUGCCCCGCUAUGUCCUGUACCUGAUGAUGGCAGCAACACUGGUGCUGGUGGUGGCAUAUGCCAUCGUGGGGCACCUCAUCAAGGACCUGGUGCACGACUUCGCCGACUGGGCAUUUGGGCCCAAGCCGGAGGAGAAGGCAGGGAUGGCCGAAGGCCCGGUGCUGGAGGCAGAGUGGCUGGAGGACGACGAGGUGCUGGUGGAGCAGAAGGUGGAGGAUGAAGGCAGCGGCCUCCUGCCCGGCACGGACAUCCCGCUGCAGCUGCUCGCUCCACGCAGCUCCGUCUCCUUUGCCAACUCCCCCGAGAAGAGGUUCUUCUAGGGUCAGGGGACACCCCUGCCACCAGCAGCACCCUGCAGCCCUGCCUGACCAUUGUGUCACGGCGUGGCCCUGGCCAAAGGCACUGCCCAGCCCUGGCACAGAGCCUCCCCCUCCCUGCCCAGCCCUGGCGCUGCUCUCAGGGCUUCUCUUGGGCUAUCACACCAAUAAAGCCACUUGCCCCAGCCCUGCUCACCCCUUGGCCCAGCACAGCGUGGGGGGUGGCAGGGCUGGGGCAUCCCAACCUUUGCCCUUGGCACAGCCAUGCCACCCCUGGCCAUGGGAACAUGGGUGUAUAAAGGGGGUGCUUGGGGGUGCAAACCCAGGGUGGGGGCACAGCCGAUGGUGGCAGGGGGCAUGGACACGGGUGCACACAUGCACAUGGAAACAUGGACACCCCUCUGGAUGGGCCACGUCAGCGUGGGCACAUGGGUAGGGACAGAUGGAUGGACAGCUGGAUGCUGAGGCUGGCUGUGUGCCCUCACCACCCCCUCAGUGCCUUGGCACUGCCAGACCAUGCUCGGUGGCACCCAGAGGUGGCCCCAAACCAGUCUUGGGGGACAAAGCACCCUGAAGCCUCACUUGGGUUCUGGAUGAGGGCACUGGGCAUGGGGGCUGUUUGAUGGACCUGCAGCCCCUGUCUUAAACCCAGGUUGAAGCUGGAUCACUGUGCCCCCAGUCUUCUCAACCCCUUGAGGAAUUGCCACAGGCAGGGUGGCCCUGCCAAAGUCCACUGUCCUUCCCUGGGGUGAUGGUGGCCACUCUCUGCCUCAGCUUUCUUUGUGCCCUGGUGGAUGGGCACCCUGCCGUGGUCUCCCUGAGCUAACCCUGUCAGUAUUUCACUCUUGACAGUAUGCAGGCACACACUCCCUGGGGACAUGGUGGGAUCCCACCCGAGAUUGUCUGGGGGCAGCUGGCUCGUGCCCAGGGGAGGGCUGGGGGUGGCCUGCCAUUGCCCACCCCUCUGUGCUGCCCCAUCCCCAUGGGAUGUGCCCCACCCCUGCCAGCUGGGAUAGGGGGAGCCAGGCAGGGUGGGCGCUUCUCCACCCCAUCACCCGUCUGUUCUUCCACAUGUGCACCCACCCACCUGCCUGUCUGUCUGUCUGUCUCUGCCUCCAUCCACCUGCCCACCCUGGGGGUGGUCCCCAGUCCUGGGCACGGGGAUAUGCCUGUCCUUUGCCACUGUGCUCCCGGAGGUGGUGGCCGCUGGGUGCGGUGGGGUGCCGGUGCCUGAGCCAGGGGAGUGGUACCACCUGCCAGGGGUGACAGCAGUCACGUUGCCAUGGUGCUUGGUGCCACUUUGUCCUCUCGGGGCCAAUAAAGGCGCCCGUUGCCUUGGGUGCAGAGUGCAGGCACGAUAGCAGCAGGUGACAAAAGCUCACCGCCAGGAGCAGGAGCCAGACGCGCCUCCGCCCAAAAAUGCCGAAGCUCUUGCAGCCCCUCUCGCUCCUGCUCGUCCUCGCUUCCACCGCCCAGGGACAGACUGGUAGGUGCCCCCAUGCCCCUCUGUGCCCUGGGAUGUCUGGGGAGGUGGCCAGGCCUCCCCUCAGGCAUCAGAUCCACUCCUGGGAGACCUUUCCAGUGGGACCAGUCUGUCCCAGUCCUCCAACAGUAACUUUUGGGGGUAGAGCAGAAAGAUCUGGAGACACCCACCUGCUGCCCCAGUGCUCCCCACUGCACCAGGGACAGGUGAGCUGUAUCGGGAGUGGCUUCCUUGGGACAUUGGGAAGGGGGAACAGUGAGUGUCUGCCAAUGUCCCAUCCCGUGGGGGGGUCCCAUGUCCUGGGUGGGGGGGGUCCCAUCCCCUGAUGGAUGGAGCUCCCCUGAAGCUGUCCCCAUCCCUGUCUUUUCCCUUGCCUGUCCCCUGGCCAUGCAGUCACGGGCCCCAAGGUGCUGCAGCCAUGGCUCAUUGGCCUCACGGCCGUCGUCGUCUUCCUCUUUGCUGUCUUCGUCGUGCUGCUCGUUAACCGGCUCUGGAGUCUCAGGAAGAAGAGGAAGGAGAAGGACACCCCGGAGACCCUGGAGACUGACAGGUACCACAGCCGGGUGUGCGGGGCAGCACCGGGACCCCCCCACAUCGGGGCUCGGAUGCCUCGAGGGUGGCCACGUUCCGGCUGCGCCCUCGGCAUGGUUGGAGACGGCCGUGCCGCGGUGCCGGUGCCGUGCCCGGCUGACCGACGAUCCGUCCCUCCCGCAGGCUGGAGCGCUCCGGCCACGUCAACCAGGCAGCUGAGGACUGGGAUGAGCUGAAGGACGACAAGCAGCAGAGCAAGGCCGCGGCCACGUCCCUCUGAGUGCCCCCCGCCGCUCUCUGCCCGGCCCGGAGCGCCUCUGAGGGGCGCCGCACCCUCACCCCGUCCGGGGGCGCGGAUCCGCGCCGGGUUUCGGCGGCAGCCGCGGCCACCGUGGCACCUCCCGCCCGCGGCCGGCCCGGCUGUGACCAAGACCCGGCGCGGAUCGCCCGCUGGCCGGAGCCGAGCCGGGAGGGCGGCGGCCGCGGGGCCCCCCCGUGCCCCCGACCCUGGGCCGGCGGGGUCCCGCCCGGGGGGACAACGGCAGCCCCCUCCCCAGACGUGCCAACUAAAGGUUUCCCCAGCCUACCCCGGCGUCCAGCGUGUCGUGUCACCGUGCGGGGAGGGGCCGUCCGGCACCCCGGGUGCCACUCGGGCAGGGGACAAUGGCAGGUUCCAAACUGCCAGACCCCGGCGACCUCGGCAGGGCGGGAGGGGCUGUCCGGCCACAUCGCUGCCGGAGCAGCCCGGACCGAGGGGUGGGCAGCGAGGGGACACGGGGGGUGGGGGGGCUCGCCCCGAGGCCGUCCCGAGCAGCGCUUGGGGACAGGGACCGCGGGCAGCGCGGGGCUGAAGCGCCGCUUCGGCCAGCGCCGACCUACGGGUGACGACAGUGGCGUCACUCCGCCGGGCGGUGACGUCACGUGCACGAGGUGGUGACGUCCCGUGGCCGAGCUCUGAAGCAGGGAAGUGGCAGCAGCUCCGAACUCCCGUGUGAAGCACGGCUGCCCCCCCAUGUCCCGUCCUGCCCUCACAUGUCCCGUCCUGUGCCCCAUGUCCCGUCCUGUGGCCCCCAUGUCCCGUCCUGUCCCCCAUGUCCCGUCCUGUGCCCCUUGUCCCGUCCUGUCCCCCUUGUCUGUCCCGGCCGUGCCGCCUGCGCCCCGCGGGCUCCCGGCUCCGUCCCCGGCUCUGCCGGGCCACGGGCGGCCACGGCUGCGGGUCCCCCCGCGGGGUGCUGGCUGUCCCCGCCGGCAGGGCUCUGCUCUCCCCAGGGCCCCCGGGCCCUCCGCCUCACCCGUGUUCUCCCCCCUCGGGCACCGUGCCUCAGUUCCCCCGGGGCAGCGAAGGAAGGGCGGAGGCGAGCUGGAGUUGAAGCAUAGCUUGUUUAAUUUUUAUACAUUUUUUUUUUGUCCUUUUUUUUUUGUUUUCAUUUUUUAAUCUUUUUUUUGUGUGUCAG